AUGACAGAAAACAAACCAAACCCAAGCGUCGGUCGCAAACGCGGUCGGCCUCGAACUGUAACGGACGAGCACGAAGUGCCGGAGAGGCGUCGCAAACAAUUACGGCUAGCCCAACAGGCCUAUCGCAAGCGAAAAGAGACCACGAUCGAUAAUUUACAGAACCGCGUACUCGAACUAGAGCAGGGCAUCGAGAGUCUCGGCCAAUCCUUCCUCUCGUUUAGUAGUCUUCUGCUAGAGGAGCAGCUACUUUCACAAUACCCACAGAUCGCCUCUGCCCUGCAGAGUAUAACCCAGCAAUGUGUGUCUCUUGCAAAGGCCGGAAGCGACGAACCCGAUGAGAGUGCUGUGGCCCGAAUGGCCGAUGCAAAGGAUGUACCAGUGAAGACUGCCACCACACCAGAUGAUGAUCCACGUCAGCUGUCGAUUCUUGAUAUACCUACUUCCGACUCCUCGACAGGCGUGGAGGAAAUUAUGCGGUCGGCAACCAAAAUUUGGCCUGGACCUCCGACCCCACCAUAUCAAGAUCAAUCUGUCUUACCCUUCGGCAUCGUCAUGUCACCGGCUGACCCAUUCUAUUCACCACCACUCUCCAUAACCCCAUCCUCCGAUGGCCCAGGAACAAAUGCAAUAAUACUCGACCACCAAUGGACAAUCGCCCAGCGUCUAGUCCGGACGUGCUGUCAUCAAGGAUAUCGCCUCCUCAUCGAUCAACCAAAUCAUCCACGAGUCCCAGAGGUAUUCGGCUCGGUUCUCAGUGUACCGGAGCGUAAUCGUCUUCUUUCUGGAUUCUAUGCUGUUACGCAGGAUAAGACUGGCACUAUGACCGAUGUGAAAGCCAAUGUGCUAAGCUUUUUGAAGGCUAGUAUGGACAACUUCCCCGAGGAUCAGAUGCAGCUGUCUUCUCGAGUCUGGCAGAUUGCACUUGAAUCACAGACUGGCGCUUGGAUGGAUGCUGAGGGGGUCCAAAAGCUUUUGCGUGAGAGGCGGUAUCUUACGGAUGACUUCACCGGCGCUUCGGGUCGUCUUGGUUAUACUGUCUCACCGUCAUUGGAUGAAGCUGCCUUUAUUAGGGCUCUUGCACUUGAUCCAAUAUGUGUUGGGUAUGGGCCGGUAUUCAGACGACAGAGUGUGGAAAAGGCACUGCGCGUAGCCACUGUCAAUGUUACCUGGGGAUUCGACGAGAUCUGUGAUAUUCGAUGA